UAUCAAAACCUUCUGAUCCAAACAAAUGCACGCGCGGCUUCUUUCCCCUUGGGGGCCUCGUUUAAGCGGCAACGAUUAUUCUCAUCUUGCACGGUGCACAUCCAAGUGUCUUUGAAUCGAUUCAGCUAUUCCCUCCUUCCAUAAAGUGACUUCGUGAACGCGACAAUGUUCGGAUCGCUCAUCCACCUAGGCAUCGACGCCGUCCUGAUCAGCGCAUUCUUGGCUGGUAUCAAACGUUCUACAGGCUUGACGCCACGGCUGUCAGAUGUUCCAAACAAAGAUAUCCGUCAAAUCCUGCGAUCGUAUCUAGAGUUAGGGGAGUAUAUAUUCGACUUCGCGGUGGUGAUCUUUGGGCGAUCAUCAUCUUUCGAGAGGAAGCAUUAAGCACUAUGGUCAUGCCUCACACCCG